GUGACGUUUGCGUGACGUCACGAUCCUCACUUGUCGAGAAAUUGAACGUUAUCAAGCGCGGCUUUGUGGCUCAAAAUCUACCUCGGCUAUUGAAGACGUUCCGCUUGAAUUAUCUGAAGUGGUCACGAAGGAAUUGAUGCAAUUUGCUUGAACGUGCUGCCUGAAAAUCCAGGGAAAGGUUCACUUCCUAGUUAAAGAAUUCUCAAGAACCUCGUGACAUCCAACGUCUUCUUGAUUGCCAAGGUUUGAGCGAAAGACAUACUGGUUUUCACGGGAUUUAUCUGCAAAUACUUGAUCAUACAAGUCGUUACGUCGUUACAUUUUUUUUACACGGAAAGUCAACAUCAGCUAUAUCCUCUGUUAUUUGGCAGUGAUUUGAUAAAAUGUCGUCGCCGGCAACUGCAUUUCUAGUUUUGUUUUUCUUUUGUUUUGUUGCCUUUGGGAGCUGUGGAACGCCGACAGUUAACGGCACGACAAUAAUUUGGAAUGACAACUUUGAAGAUACAAGCACAGAGGGAUCUGAUCUCAAGACAGAAUACGACGCAAAAGGACUACAGCCUUGGUAUAAUUUCGCAAAUUCUUUCAUCGGAACAGUUCUCAGUAAAGACCCAUACGAUAUUCUUAUCAAGAUCAAAGAUGAAGGUAUGGAUGAAGAGGUUAUCAAGAACGACAUUAUUAAAAACUAUGCCAUGGGAAUGAUUAUUUGUGUGGGAAUUGGUUUCCUAUUCUGUCUGCUUAUGCCAAUUGUUGGCUUUUGUUUCUGUUGCUGUCGCUGCUGCGGAAAUUGUGGUGGGGAGAUGUCACAGAAAGAGAAAUCAAAUGAUGGCUGCAAAAGAGCUGUGUUUGGAGUGAUUCUUACAGUGAUCACACUUCUGAUGUUUACUGGGGUCUUGUUGACAUUUGUUUGCAAUGAUCGCAUGAGUGAAACUGUUGACGAGAUGCAAAUCAAUUCAGAUGCUAUUGUAAAGGAAGCAGUCACAUUUAUUAACCGUUCAGUUGGGGAAGUUGACAAACUCCUAGGUGAAGACUUUGGUUUUGUCAUUGAUCAGUUGAAAAAUGACAUUACUGAUGCAAGUCUUCAAAGUCUUGUGGGUGACCCUCUACUGAAAGAGCUGGACAAAGUCUCUGUUAAGCCUAUAGAAGCAGUAAAGGAUUUGGCUGCGAACACUCAAGUAAUGAAGAAUCAACUUGAGAUCAUCAAAAACACCAGCCAAAGUCUGUCAAACUUGACGAAAGAACUUCAAGAGGGCCUGGAUCAGGCUAAGGACAACUUGACAGAUAUUCUGAAAAAUUGCAGUUAUGUGCCAAGUGUUAAGCCUACCUGCGAUAAUAUAAACUCAGAUGAUCUGGCUACUGGGGCAAACUUUACAGCUCUUCCUGAUGUUUCAUCAGAACUUGAAAAUGUUGAAAAGGUUGUAAACCAGGACUUUGAGAAGACAGCGGAAGAAGGACUUGCAGAAGUAAGGGAAAUUCCCCAAAAGGUCAUCAAUGACACAAGCGACACACGAAAAGAUAUUGGCAAAAUGAUUAGCAAUGCAACUAGCAGUGUCAACAAGAUGAGAGAUGAUCUUAGGAAAAUUGCAAAUGAUGAUGUCAUCUCAAAGCUUGAGGAAUUUAAAACUGAUACUGUUCCAAAAGCCAAAGAACAAGCAGAAAAAUAUGACAACUACAGAUGGAUGGCUGGGGUUGGGUUGACCUGCAUUCUUCUCCUUGUUGUGGUGUUGAUGGCUCUUGGCUUGAUGUGUGGUGUCUGUGGUCACGACAAGGAAGCUUCACCAACCACACGGGGUACAGUGUCUAACUUGGGAGGUCUUUCUCUAAUGGCUGCUGCUGGGUUCUGUUUUAUUUUUGCAUCAUUUUUGAUGCUAUUGACUACAAUCUGUUUUAUUAUUGGAGCACCAAUGCAAACAGUGUGUACAGCUAUUGAUUCUGGAGAACUGUACUCUCAGGUUCUUGACAAUCAGAAGUUUUGGGGUGAUGAUGGAUAUGUUUUGUCAAGAACCUUUUUUGGUAAAGAUAAGUCAGACAUACGUUUCACCAUUGGCGGAUUCAUUGACAACUGUCGCAACAACAAACCACUAUUCAAAGCUGGCCCCUUUGAUGAAGCUUUUAAUAUUUCUGACAAGCUGGACAUUGAAAAGUUGCUUGGAAAUGAUACUACACAACAGUUUGACAAUUUAAAGGUCAACCUGAGUGAUGUGAAUGUCUUUAGCAAUGACACCCGCAACAGCCUGACUGAACUUAGGGAUUCAGGAGUUGAUGGCAUUGAUUUUGCUUCAUUUUUGAAUGAGACAACAAAAAAUAUAACAGCUGUGGAUCUCAACGAAUUUGCUCAGAAUAUCAGUAAUCUAGGAGGUCAAUUUUAUACAGCAGCACAGAAUCCUCUAGCACCAAAUAAAGCCAAGUUACUUGAACUGUCACAAAAAGCGAAUGACACUGCCGCAGCCCUGCGCACUCUACAGGCGACUGUAGUGAAGGAUAUGGAAGAUAAGUCGAUAGAGUUAAAUGAAAAUGUGAAUGCCCUGAAAGGUAUUGGAGGAGAUCUCAAGAAACUAGCAAACAAUACUUUGAAAGAAGCCGAGAAAGCAGAGGACUAUCUUCACACUCAAUCAGCUACUAAUAUCAACAAAAUUGUACAGAAAUUCACUGAUCGAGUGUUAGGUUGGGGAUUUCAGUUCACAGAUCACAUUAAAGACCUUCUAGACAAUAGUUUGGCUAAAUGUAAACCUGUGGCGAACAUUUACGAUGCAACUAUUGUUAUAAUCUGCAAGCAAGCCCUGUACCCAUUUAAUGGUUUCUGGUUCUCCAUUGGAUAUUGCCUGUUCUUUUUCAUCCCUGCAAUAAUUUUCUGUGUUAAACUUGCUAAACAUUAUCGCCGGAUGGAUUACGAGAAUGAAUUUGAUCAGGAUGUGGAAGCGUUCGAAAUGGGACAUCCUUAUCCAUCAGCCCCACCUCAGUACCCUUCGGGCGGCGAAAAGAAACCAUGGGCUAACCCGAAAAAUGCUGUCUAUCCCCAGGCUCCACCAAGCAGAUACUAGCUCGGUGGUUAUGUGAACGGGACUAAUCGCUAUUGAAAAACUUCAACAACAAAAACAAAGUUCCAGUGGAAAUCAACGUGUAGAGUAAAAUUUAUAUUUACUAACGGGAUAUUUCCGGAUUGCAGAUAAGCCAACUAAUAGAUUCUGACUUAUCUGUUUGUAGACAAUGAAAUUAGUUUGUAUUUGAAGUAAACAUAGGUAACUCAGAAUUUUCUUCACUACGGUUCAUAGGAUUAUGAUUUAGCUUCCAAGCCAUUUGCUUGUAGAUAGAUAGGUGGCAAAGCACGAACGACGUAACAAAAAGUUUUGGGAAGUGGGCGGGGAAGAAGACAGGAGCCCAUUUAGAAUAUCCAGUCAUAUUUUCCUGAUUUUCAUUUUCCUUAAUUUUUUGUGCGUGAAGGGGGGGGGGGGGGAGAAUGGGGGGGAGGGGAGGUGCUAUACGUUUAGUACGCUGUCCCUGCGAAGUUACUGUUAUUUAACCUUAAUAUGUCAACAAACAAAUCAAACUAGUAUGUGCUAUUUCUUCUUAUGGGUCAAAAUUCUACGGAGACGACCUUGAACUUUUUGUUAUGGUCAUGUUACAUAUGUAUCAAUUGGCCAAAAUAAGUAUAGCCCCCAGUGAGGUUAAAAAAGAAACUUGUUUCAAAUAUUAAACCUUUCGUGUGACGAGUAAUCGUAUAUCAUUAGACGGUUUGAAAAAAUUUUGAAAACCAAAAUGUAAGCAGAAAUAUUGGCUAAGUAAGGGAACUUUAAACAGAACAUUGCGUACGGCUUUGCGUGGAAUGUAACUUUGGGACGGUGGAAAGAUUGCGUGACGGAGAAAGAGGUGAUAAGCAACGUUUUUCCAGGGAAAUAACUUUCGUAUCGGACCGAAAAGGUAACUGGUUGUAGACUUCACGCAGGAUGUGAAGAUAGAGGAAAUGAAAAAUAUAUAUAUUAUUGACUUCCGGGGUAAUAUAGGUCUUAUUAUACUUUGUAUACUGAGUGAAAAAUAUUGUUUAAAAACUGGUUGUUACGUUGUAUUGGAAUUCGGUACCAAUAGAAAGAAAGAAAGAUCUUCGGAUCAAUGUCAGUAUCUUAAACAACUGCGCACCUACCCCUCCCACAAUUAACCCUUACCUGUCAUCAGGUGACUGUUGUUGAAUCAGGGGAGGGGUAGAUGCGCAGUUUCUCAGAUACUGACAUUGAUCCGAGAUUCUCAUAGUUAAGGUUGUUCAAAGAGCAUGUAAAAGGACAAUUAAUGAACCUUAAAGAGUUUUUGUGGAUCUCGGAAUUACUCUCUUGUCACGUGAUCUUUCUUUUCUUGCUGGGAACAAAAGUUUGUAAAUAGAUCAGGUUAGCUUUUUAGACGGUUAACCGUAUUCUUUAUUUCAUAAGGCACCAUUGACCGAAGUGGUUUUAUUUAUAAUGAAAGCAUUAUACUGUGUAAUGGGUAAUUCUUAUUGUUUCUCACGAGUUUGAAAUGCACCAGACAAGCUCUGUAGAACGGGCAAUUCUUUAGGAAGUGAUCCCCACGUCAGAACUGAAAGGAACCACACAGUUGCCUUCAAAAUAUAGGAUGGUUGCUCUAAAUAUGAGAUGAAGCUUGCAUUAGAAACCCAGAGUUAACAAGUAAUUUCUGGUGGUCUUAAAUCACAAGUAUGCUUGUAAUAUUUUCACGAUGUUGUGAUGUGAUUUUUUUUAGUACAAUUUGCUAUUAAAGUACCUUUUGUAACA